UAUAAGAACCCUCCCCCAACCCUCCAGUUUUUACUUGCUACACACUGCAUACAGCAUUCUCAUUCAUUCGUCUCAUUCACUCCAUCAGUUCUCAUUAUAGUCUCUCAAUCAUGGCGGCUCAUCAAGGCAAGACGAAAGAUGAGAUGGUGGUGAGCUUGAAGACCAUCAAGAAGACCCAUGCCAAGCCCAGGAAGAAGCUCGGGAGGAGCGAGUGCCAGUUGGUCACGUUUGAUCUUCCGUACCUGGCAUUUUUCUACAACCAGAAAUUGAUGUUCUACAAGGGCGGUGAUUUCGAGGGCAUGGUGGCGAAGCUCAAGGAUGGAUUGGAGCUGGUGCUCGAAGAGUUUUACCAGCUUGCCGGCAAGCUUGGGAAGGAUGAGGAAGGGGUGUUCAGGGUGGAGUACGACGACAACAUGGACGGCGUCGAGGUGGUGGAGGUGGCGGCGGAGGCGGUUUCCGUGGAGGACCUGGCAGCUGAGGAGGGCACCAGCAUUUUCAAGGACUUCAUUCCUUACAAUGGUAUCCUGAACUUGGAGGGGCUUCACAGGCCUUUGUUGGCUAUUCAGUUGACCAAGCUGAAGGACGGACUAGCCAUCGGGUGCGCGUUCAACCACGCCAUCCUCGACGGGAACUCCACGUGGCACUUCAUGAGCUCGUGGGCCCAGGCCUGCGGCGGCUCGCCCGCCGUCUCGGCCCCGCUCUUCCUCGACCGCACCAAGUCGCGCAACACCCGUGUCAAGCUCGACCCGUCCCUCCUGCCCAAUCCCUCUGCCUUGUCAUCCGAGCCGCCGGAACCCCCGCUCCGCGAGAGAGUCUUCCGCUUCUCUGAAUCGUCCAUCGACAAGAUCAAGUCGAUGGUCAACGCCAGCACGCCGUCGGGUGGGUCCAUGACCUUCUCCACUUUCCAGGCCUUGUCUGUCCACAUCUGGCGCCACGUCACCAAGGCGCGCUGCCUGAAGCCCGAGGACGUGACCGUCUUCACCGUGUUCGUCGACUGUCGGAAGCGGGUCGACCCGCCCGUGCCGGAGACCUACUUCGGGAACCUCAUCCAGGCCAUCUUCACUGGCACCGCAGCGGGGCUCCUGCUGGCGCACCCGCCGGAGUUCGGCGCGGCCAUCAUACAGAAGGCCAUCCUCGCGCACGAUGCCAAGGCCAUCGAUGAGCGGAACAAGAUGUGGGAGAGCCAGCCCAAGAUAUUCAAGUACAAGGACGCGGGGCCGAACUGCGUGGCGGUUGGGAGCUCGCCGAGGUUCAAGGUGUACGAGGUGGACUUCGGGUGGGGGCGACCCGAGGGGGUGCGGAGCGGGACGAACAACCGGUUCGACGGGAUGGUGUACUUGUACCAGGGGAAGAGUGGCGGGAGGAGCAUUGAUGUGGAGAUCAGUCUUGAGGCUGGGGCCUUGGAGAAGUUGCAGAUGGACCGGGAGUUUCUUGAGCCUUAAGUCACCUUAAAUUAAGUGACGAAGAUUAAAAAAAAAGGAAAACUUCGGUGCUCAAGUAGCUAAUUAUCAUAUGACCAAAAAGAAAAAAAGUAACUAAUUAUCAAUAAACUUUCAAGGGACCCAAAAUUCAUAUGAUUCGAGGAUCAGAUGUACCAGGCACUUGGAAAGUAUCACUAGAUUACGCAGAAAUUUGAUACACUGCGAAUCUAAUGAUUUUCUCAAGCGUCCAAUGCACCUCUGGUCUUAGAACAUGAUGAAUUUUUGUCCCGCCUUACAACUUUAGCUAUUUGAGCAUCGUAUUUUCUCCUAAACUAUGUGAUUUUUAAGUGGUAGUUUGGGCUCGGGUUUAAGAUUGAUACUGAGGGAUUGGUUUGAGUAUUGCUUUGCUUGUUUUAGCAGCCAUUGGUUCUACGAUGCAUUAUAUGUUAAGUGAAGUCUUCUUUCCUAAGA